UUCCCCUUAAAGAGUCCUAUGAUUAAGACAAUUAGAUCCUCUUAUUAAUAACUUAAAAGGUGUCUUCGGUUUUAGUCCACUCCUCUCCCUCGAUUUCUCCUAUAAAUAACCUCUUCAUAGUCCAGGGCUCUUCAUCCAUUACAUUCAAAAGCAAAAAAAAAAAAUAAAGAAAAAGAAAAAAGAAGAAGUUGAUCAUGGCUGUCAGAUAUUUGUUUCAUGUUUUGGUCCUCGUCUAUGUCUUGGCUACUGUAACUGCUGCACGCCAACUGCCCAUCUCCAGCAAGCCAGGCCGCCUGGAGGAGAAUGGAGGGCUUGCCGAGUGCUGGAAUGCACUAAAUGAGCUGAAAUCAUGCACAGAUGAGAUCAUUCUGUUCUUUGUUAAUGGCCAAACUGACAUGGGCCCUGAAUGUUGUGGUGGCAUCGAGGUUAUCACGCGUAAAUGUUGGCCUACCAUGCUCACUUCCCUUGGUUUCACAUCUGAGGAAGGCAACAUCCUUAGAGGCUACUGUGAUGCAUCUUCUACUCCUGCUGCUGCUGCUCCUCUAGCCGCCUCGCCAGUUGGUUAAAGAAGGUGGCACUCUCAAAGUUCUGAGUUUUUAUUUGUACUUUGUUUGGUGUUCCGCUACUGUUUGAUAUGUAAUAAAGUUUAAAUGAAAUUAAACACUUGUCAACCAUGAAA